GUGUCCAUCUUGAUCUGUGACAUCAAAGCAAGAGGAAGUGAAUGCCACCUCUUGUGUUGGGGAGAGCUGGGGCUGGCCGUUUGGUGGUAGGAAGUGAAAAAAUCUCAGGUGCACUCCAUGGAUCACAGGGCUGAUGGAGAGGGGGCUGGGUUAGGAGGGGACCUGAACUAAGCAGUCCAGGGCACACCCUCUCAUCAGCAGCAGGAGUGGAUGGUGGGGUCGGCCACUGACCAAGUAGGAGAGGGAAAAGAGAAGCAGAUUUCUGGGUGGAAGGGAAGAAGCUGCAUGCCAAUUCGGAUGUGCUGAGCGUGAGAUGCCCAGGAAACGGCCCCUGGGGACACUUAGAUGUGGGUCUGUAACUCAAGGGACUUGGGGUUAAAGUCAGUUCUGGGUUGGGACUAAGAAGUGGGUAAGAUGUCCAAGAAGGUAUGGUAAAGACAGGACCCUCAUGAGGAGAGGAGACGGGAUAGAAGCGGGAGAGGAAGUCAGAAAAGCGUGAAAAGUCCGGGGCUAGAGGAGUUGGGGGCAGAAAGAACUCUUGGGGCCUUGUCUACAGACGGUGAGGAGGAGGGGAGCAGCCAAGAUGGGAGGUACUGGAGUCUGGCCGGGGGCCGAGCGCCUCAAAGAAGUUGUGAGAAUUGGCUUGGCCACGGGCGGGACCCCGGGGUAUGGGCCUCCGCCAGGGGUAGCUGCGUCCCGCCGUCCGCCCCGUCGAAGCGUGAAGGCGCAUGCGCAGAGCGGCGGGCAUUGUCACGUGCGGCUGUCUCGCGCGGAUUGGCCCGCGGUCUCCCGAGACUGGCCCGAGCUGUCCGUGCGGCGGCGCGCGCGGAGGGAUCCUGCGUAGGCGCGGCGCGGCGGAAAGGGGACCACGGUGCGUCCCCGGGCCUGGCCCUCUGGGGCCGACCCCUCCUCUCCCUAACCUGGGCGGGAGGAUGGGCGCGCCCGGACCCCGGUGGCCCCGCCUGGAUAGUGACCCGAGCUCUGGCCCUCGGGGGGGGGGGGGGGGUCUCCCUCCUCCCCUCCUGGGGCCGGUGGAGUGGGCGCGUCCGGGGCCCCGCCCCGACGGCCGCUCCGCCCCCAGGCAGCCGGGCAGCCGAAGCCCUCGAGAAUGGAGGUUCUGGACGAGUUCGACAGCGAGUUCCCGCAGAGUGUGACCUUCUGCCAGCUCAUCCCCGAGGAGGACUUCGAGAGGCAAGCGGCGACCUACACUGAGAGCGCGCUGCGCCUCCUCUUCCUUAGCCUCGACCGCAACCUGGCGCUGGAUGAGAGGGUGGUGCGCAAGGGCAAGCAGGCGGAGUGCGAGCGGCGUGGGCUCCUGUCCUUCCUCUGGGUGCGGGCCCGGGAGGGCGGGGCUCCGGGGUUCCGAGGUGGGGGCGGGGCGCCGGUGUCCGCCCUGCUUGAGCUGCUGGUAGGGGACUUUAAGGAGGCGGCCCCGGCUAGGCGGCUCACCCGUCCAGCUUCCUCCUCCCUUCCUCUCCCGCUGUCGUCGCAGGCCAAGGUCUCGUGUGCCGUCCAGGGGGAGCUGAACUGUUGCAACAGCAUGGGCGCCCUGGAGAUGCACCAGCGCCUGGAGCAGCUCAAGAGGCGCAUCCACCGCGUGCACUUAUACUCCCAGGAUGCCAAGAAGAGAAGCAAGCGAAAACUGAAGAAACCAGAACCCAUCCUCUUGUGGGACCAGUCGACCUCCCCGUGCCUGCCACCAACCCUGCUGCCACUGCCUGCCACCACCAUGGCCUCCAUGGUGGCCCCAUCAACCUCUGUCUACACUCUGCCCAGGGUCUUUGGCCCCUUCCCUCCGCUGCCCAGCACAUCGGCGGGGCUGGGAUCUCCUCUGUUGGCUCCCAGCCCGCACGCCGGGCCCCAUCCCUCUAACACCAAGCUCCAGGUGGCACCGAGGAUGAGCCUGUUGUGUUUGCUGAUUGACUGGAAGGCACAUCGUUCUCAUAGUUCUUGGAGAAGGUGUUUCUCUUCAUGAUGAGGAUCCCACCCUUGUCCUAAAGUUUCUUUUGUUUGCUGAAGAUGGAGUAAUUGGAAGUUUCGAGGUCUGAAGCAAAAUUGAACUGGACUGGCCUGUCAUCGAACCCGAAGAGCCGCAUAGUCGAUCUGACCCCCUUGGUCCUCAAUCCUGGAGGCUUUCACUUCUCGUACUUGGCCAGGAACAAUGCGCACAAGCUCCACUGCCCUGGCUUCCCCUGGCCCUCAGCCUGUAGUGGUUCUGCCAGCACCGAGGAGAUGCUAUCCCCAUCUGUGAAGGCCUCCAUCUUCACCCCGCCUGUCCUGCUCAAGUUCCAGCCUGUGCCCAGACCCAAAGAUGAAUCAGAGAAUGACCCUGGCAGCGCAGAGUCCACGCCCCACCAGAGGGACCCAUAACCUCUUCUGUACAGACCACGGCAGGAGAAUGAAUAAAGUUCCCCUGGUGGUUCCUUCCUCGUGCCACGCUACCCAGGGGCCGUGCAGUCCCACGGGCUCUCUGCAACCCCAAGAGGUGGUCAGGGUAGCGCAAGCCUGAGGCUCUUUGGCCUGAGACUGCACACAGUAGGUGGUCAGGUCAGUGAAGUCCCCUCACUUGCACCUAACCCGGGAACUCAGUCCUGUGCACUUUGAAAGAGUGUUGAGUGCGGGGAGUGUGUUGCCCCUCCCUGCAGUAACUCUGUGGCCCCGUUGUGCCUCACUUGACCCCACUGAGUUGCAAGACUACCAGUUUUUGCUACACCUGGCUCCUAAACACAAGGCUUAUCUGGGUGCAAGUUUAGAAACAGUGGUCUGUUCCCUCCUGGGAGGAAAAUGAGCUGGCGUGUCAGUUUCCAAUUUGGCACCUCCCUAAAGAGUUUCAAAGACACGUGACUCUGAUUACCUCCCACGCUGACUUUAGAAUCAAACCUGCAUGUGAGACAUGAGUCCUCACAAAGUGCCCAAUGAUGCUGGCCAUUAGCAGAUGUUGGUUGAGCCCUGUGGAUGCCCUGCACCUUGCUUGCUACUGGAGAUAAUAGACCAAGCAGUUGGGGUCCUGGCCCUUAAGGAGCUUAUGUCCCAUCCAUGUGUGUGUGGUAAGCCAGUACAUAGAUAAAUUAGUACAGGAUUACAAAUUGUGAUAAGCCCUUGUGGGAGCUGAGAUCGAGGUGUAUGGGGUGACCGGGUGGACAGUGGUACCUUGAGGAGAGUGGACACUAGGGGUAGAUGGGGGUGGAGAAUUAUGCUUUUACCAGACAUGUUAAAUUUGAGUUCAGUCGGUGCCCAGGUAGAGGUCAGAAGGCAGAAGUGCUGGCCAUUUCGUGUUCGGAGACAAGGGAUACAGGUGUUUAAAGCCAUGAGCCUGGGCAAGGUCACCCAGUGCUUGAGUGUAGAGGGAGGUCCAGGGCUCGGCCGGGGCAUACAAACGUGGUGGUCCAGCCGAAGGAAGGGUCAGUCAGAAGAGACCGAAGGGAUCAUCAGGGCUUUAGACCUUCAGGCUUCAUGGCCACCGGCCCCUGGGCCGCCCAGGAGAGAGGCCUGCAGGCUGUGGGGACCAAAUGGGCGGUAAGUGGGCAGGCAGGGAAUGUGUACGUCGCUUUGGAGGUUUCGGCCUGGCGGGGAGCGGUGAUGGGGCCGAGGCUGGGGGUUCUUGGGGCUCCAGGCCUAAGACCUGAGAAUCCAGGGCGGGUUUGGGCGGGGAUGGCGUUGAGCCGGGGCCGGUUGGGUGAGGCGGUCCAGCUAGAGGCCCCCGGGAAGACGGGGUUUCGAGGCG